UAUCAGUAAUAACGAGAAGACGACUUCUCCCCCAAGGCGAAAAGCCAGGGGAACAGAGGCGAGACGAGCGCUUCCCUCCUGCGUGCGCUCGCUCUGUCGUCGUCGUAUGGGCCAGUGCGCAUCGAGGAGGGCGAGGCGGGCACGCGGCAGACGGUGGCGAGAAGAUGAGGACGCGGCGUCGGACAAGGUCGGUUGCCUCGCGGUGGCGAAGGAGAAGCGGUCCAGGUUCUACAUCCUGCGGCGGUGCGUGGUGAUGCUUCUCUGCUGGCACAAGUACGGCAAGUGCUGAACCCCAUCCUGACGGCGCCAUGUUCCCUCGUUUCUUCACGCUUCCCUCAUCUGCAGGUGGCCUUCUUGAGUCCGAAGAGAAGCAACGAAGAAGAAAUAUGACACAAUUUUCAUAGAUUAAAGGUGGGUAAAUUGCUGCUCCAAUUAUCAUCAAUUAAUUGUAUGAGAAGAAAGAUUAAUAGUCAAAACUGUACGCCAUGUAAAGAAUUUAUUAUGCAGAAGAUGUUCAACUUCUUUGUU